CUGAGGUGCGGCCCCGCCCCGCCCCGCCCGCCCGCGGCCCCGCCCUGGCCCAGGUGAGCGGCUCCGCCCCGGACCAGGUGAGUGGCUCUGCUUUAGUCAGGUUGCCCACCUGUCCCUCCGGUGGCCCCGGGUGCGGACGUCUUCGUCGGUGGGAAGCAUGUUGGGGUACUGGCGUCGCCGCCCGGGAGGCGUGUGCGGGUCCGCGGCCGCUCGCAGGCCUCCAGCCAGGAAACCCUGACCAGACCGAGAGUCCGCCUGGUGCUCAGGCCCUGUGGGUUCCCCUGGAGGAUGGGGUGACAGAUGCAGGAGGAGCCAGCGAGGCCCCGAGAGAGAUUGUGAGAACAGUAAGCCUGUCCCAAAGAAGAACAUUUUUCAAGAAAUACAGUCAUUGGGGAUAAUACUAGAUCCACAAUGGAGGUUCCCCCAGCAUCCAAGCUUGGUGAGACCUUUGUGUUUGAAGAUGGGUUAGAGAUGCAGCAAGAACUUUUCCCAGAGGAGGACCUGGGGGACUCUUUUCUUCAGGAAAGAGGUUUAGAGCAAAUGGCUGUUAUCUAUAAGGAGAUCCCUCUUGGGGAACAAAACGAAGAACAUGAUGAUUAUGAGGGGAAUUUCAGUCUGUGCUCAAGCCCUGUUCAGCAUCAGAGUAUACCCCCAGUAAACAGACCCCAAGAUGAGGAAAUAUUUGGCCAAACCUUUCUCCAGAAAUCAGACCUUAGUAUGUGUCAGUUAAUCCAUGGUGGAGAAGAACUCAAUGAACACAAUUGUGAGACAGUGGGCAGGGGGCACUCAGGACCUAUUGAACCUCACAGAACUGCACAACCAGCAAAACCCUACGCGUGUCGGGAAUGUGGGAAGGCCUUCAGCCAGAGCUCACACCUCCUGAGACACCUGGUGAUUCACACUGGGGAGAAGCCCUACGAGUGCUGUGAGUGUGGGAAGGCCUUCAGUCAGAGCUCGCACCUUCUCAGACAUCAGAUAAUCCAUACUGGGGAGAAGCCCUACGAAUGCCCAGAAUGUGGAAAAGCUUUUCGUCAGAGCUCAGCUCUCACGCAACAUCAGAAAACCCACACUGGGAAGAGACCUUAUGAGUGUAGGGAAUGCGGGAAAGAUUUUAGUCGGAGCUCAAGUCUCAGAAAACACGAGAGAAUUCAUACCGGAGAGAAACCUUAUCAGUGUAAGGAAUGUGGGAAAUCCUUCAACCAGAGUUCAGGCCUGAGCCAGCAUCGGAAAAUCCACACCCUAAAGAAACCUCACGAAUGUGAUCUCUGCGGGAAAGCCUUUUGUCACAGGUCCCACCUCAUUCGGCACCAGAGGAUUCACACUGGGAAGAAACCAUACAAAUGUGAAGAGUGUGGGAAGGCCUUCAGCCAGAGCUCUAACCUCAUCGAACAUCGGAAGACCCACACUGGCGAGAAACCCUACAAAUGCCAUAAGUGUGGGAAAGCCUUCAGCCAGAGCUCCUCCCUCAUUGAGCACCAGCGGAUCCACACUGGGGAGAAGCCCUAUGAGUGCGGCCAGUGUGGGAAGGCCUUCUGCCACAGCUCUGCACUGAUUCAGCACCAGAGAAUCCACACCGGGAAGAAACCCUAUGCAUGCAACGAGUGUGGCAAAGCCUUCCGGCACAGGUCGGCCCUUAUCGAGCAUUAUAAAACCCACACCAGAGAGAAACCCUAUGAGUGUAACAAAUGUGGCAAGUCCUUCAGGGGGAGCUCACACCUCAUUCGGCAUCAGAAAAUCCAUGCUGGGGAGAAGCUCUAGAGCGAGGUGCUCGCACCAAAGCCUGCAAGUCUUUCCCAGAUGGAGCCCGCACCCAGUCACUUUGGCCGCAAGGCCCUGCUCACCUUCCUGAUAACAGUGCUGAACCUAGGGGCUCCUGAGCACCCACACCAGCAGCGAGGACCCCGCUUGGUCCUAGCCAGGUGCCCUGUGCUCAGCAGGUUUACUGAGCAGAAGAGAGGGUGGGGUGACAGGAAGGCCACCAGAACGGAGGUGCACCCAAAAAGAGCCGGCCUUUGGUUUUCUCAUUCUCAUAUUUGACUUCCAAGUCUAUGAGGUUUCGUUUUUCCCUCUAUUCCAGACUCCAGAAGAGGAAUAAAUGUAAGAGGGAAAGAGUUUAAUUAAACCCAUGAAGAUGUCGGGAGAACUCGUGAACAUCAUACUGAAGUCUGGCACUUUUAUUAGAGAAGAAGUAACCAUGCUCUCAGGCCAAAUGAGCUGAAGAAAAAGGAAUCCAAAAAGUAGAUACCUCAGCCACAAAAUGGAAUCUUCUGCCUGGCUUGGGCACUGGUGGGGACAACCAAAACAGGUUGCAGAACAAAAUGAGGGUCUGGGAGGAUUAGUUCUGGGGUUGGGAGUGAGGGUGUGAGUUCCUGGCGUGGUCCCUUAAUCCCGUUCUGUGUUAGAGUGAGGGUGGGCUCUUUCACGGGGGUGGGGGGAGAGGUUUGGUCCUGCAGGCCAGAGGACAUUUGAUGCCCAGUCUGUCUCAGCCCAGGCCUGAGGCAUUAGUCACUCACCCCUCCACAAGACUCAGGCCCCCAAGACGGUGACGUGCCUUGGACGUCAGCAGGGCUUGUUUCUGGUCUGCUGGCUAUGCAGCCUCCUCUCAACCCUCCAGUGCUGGAGGAUGUUGGAAGCAGGUGAUUCAAUCAGAGGUCCAGAUUCAAGUGUCAGCUCUGCCCCUCCUGCCUGUGUGAUCUCGAGUAAGCCCAAGGCUGUUUUCCCAUCCGUGAAAUGGGGAUAGUGGGACCUGGCCACAUACUUCUAAUGGUUGGUACAAGACUCCCAUUCAGAAGAAGACCACACAUGAAAGUGCUUUGUCCCUGCAGAUGGUCACCCAGAAUGACCCCUGUCCCACCAGAGACACUGCAGAGACACUGUCCCUGCAGACCGGAGAGGCAUGGCCCCCCACCCCCCCUCGCUGGACCCAGUCUGGUUCUGAAAUGGAAGGGCUUGCAGCAGCCCUCUUUAAACCAGGCUUUCCCUCGUUCCCUCAGGCUUGCAUCCUGGGCUCUGGGUGCCCUGUGACGUUUCCUGGAGGCCAUCCUGAGUGUCCCUUUGGCAGCAUGCAGUCCACGUCCCUGUGCUCUCUGUCCUCCCCUCUGCUAACUGCUAUUCACCUGGGGAUGGUUUAAAAAGGAACAAGCCCACAUUCCACACAGACCACUUCAGUGGCAUCCCCAGAGGUGGGGCUCAGUGGUGUGUUUUUAAAGCUCCCCAGGGGGUUCUAAUAGCCCAGCACAUAACUAGGCUGUGAGCCUUGUGCUGGGCCCCCAAACAGCCCCAGCGUCUCCCAAAUGCCAGGUCUGUUAGUCCUGAUUGAGCAGAGCUUGAACAUGGCUACUCGUUCUCAGUCCCCCAGGAAUGGGCUCUGACAGUGACGUGUCUAGCCCAUUGGUAAGUGUUUGUCCCAGGCCCUCAAGCCUUCAUGUGGCCACGGGGAUCUUUAGUAUUGGCUUUCCCCCCGGGUUCCUCAAAGCCAGUGUGGGAGGAGGCAGUCUGAGCUAUUUUGAAGUUUUCCAAAAGUUUAUGGCUGGAAUCCCAUGAAGCCAUGGUGGUAAUACUGGUUAUUUCAGCUAACCAGAAUCUCAGCUUGGCAGCUAUGUGUAGUUUUGAUGACUAAAAAUGGGAAAGCCAUAAAUGUUACUGAGUAAGUGGGGCUUGGUAGCCAGAGAUUUUAAAACGACAGGUCUGAGGGCUGGGGUCACCUCUGGCCAGCUCCUCUUUGCUGUGUGAGUAUGUGAAACAUUUAAACAGAACCUGCUGCACCACCAGCUGGACUUGGCCUGACCAGGUGGCACCUGGAUGUUUUUGGCAGGCAGCCUGCACCAAGGGUCUUCAGCCAUUUACCAGGAGUGGAGAGAAUACUGAAACCCUGCUCGGUGUGGGUGGGGCAGCAAGUUCCCCCAAGAUCUACCUCUUUGGCAACCCCCCCAAGUCUAUCUCAGCCCUGGCCAGGCCUGUCCCUAUUGGCGGUUGUCUGUUUCCUACCUUUGAUGUCUCCCUCCAUGUACUUCUGCACACCCCAGCCAAGUUGAUUUUUUUAAAGCAUCACUUUGCACAUGUCACCAAUCUCCUUAAAACCAACCUUUGGGGGCUUUUCUGCACAUAAACCCCAUUUCAACCAAUCUGGUUCGCCCACUGUACAACUACAUGGAAUUCAUGCCAGCCCCUAUCCAGACGCCCUCUCCACUCAAGUCAUUUCAUGCUGUUCUCACAUUUUGGAAUAUGCACUUUCUCUUUCCCCCAACCCCCAUCUCCUUUAUUCCUUUUGACAAUUUGUGUAACAAGGGAUUAAGACUCUUUCUGAAGGGUUGACAGAAUCUUCACAUAACCAUGUUAAGAACAGGUACUUUACUUUUUUGGAAGUGUGAGCAGAACCUAGUUCCUUCUGUUCAGUUUCUUUCACUGUUUUAUUAUGUAUUUAAAUUCCUUUCAUUUUAUUUAGGUUCUCAGUGUAAUGUUACAAGAGAUCAUCCUCGAAAUAGUUUAAUUGUCCUUGAAUGUAGUUGUUUGUUUCUGUUGUCUUUUUUUCUUCAUGGCAGAUGUUGAGUGUUGUAAAUCAACUCUUGAUUUUGUUUACUAAUUGAAUUGUUGUGUCAGUAUAUGUAUGCCACUCUUUCUUCCUUUUUUUUGUUUAAUACUUCAUGUUUCUAAGAUUAAUUAUUAGUUAAUCAUAUUUUAAUAUUUCUAGUAAAUGUGGGUACUUUGUUCUAUGAUUUCUUCUUAGAGGUUUUUCUGCACUCCAUAAGUUUGAUAUGUGGUAUUUUUUUUGUUUGUUUUUAUAUUAGGAAUUUCCUUUUGGCCCAAGUGGUGUUGUUAUUUUUUUUAUAUUUCCAAAUGAUGAAUGCUUAGGUCAUUGCUGUUAUAUCGUAUUGUAUUGUGGUGUCAACAUUUCUAAGCAUCCCUAGAACUUUUUGGGCCUGAAUAUAAUGAUCAGUUUUUAUAAAGCAUUUACGUACUCUCGAGAAAUGUGUUUUUACCCCAUCAGUUCUAUUUGUUAACUAAGUUUUUAAAUUAUUUUAUUCAAAUCCAUACUUUCUCGAACUUUUAUUUACUUCAGAGUUCUGAACCUCGGGUCCGUGCACUGCCGAGGAAUCUGAGCAUACAGGGGUUUUAAAGGUUGGGGGCCCAUAGGGACUGAACAAAGCUGUGUGGAUAUGUGCAUGAGGAACCAUUCUGGGAGGGGUGUCUGUAGCAUUAUCCUCAUUUUGGAAGGGCUCUGUGACCCCAAAAUAAUUAAGAACACUCAUUUACCUGAUCUAAUUGUAGUCUGAUUUUGUGUGGGUUUUUUUCUUUAUGUAGUUCUGUUGCCCUUGAAUUUCUGUUCCUCUUUUUUGGGUUGUUGCUAUGUUAGUCGUGCAAUUAUCUCAACUCCUUUUUGAGAAAUAGGCAGGGUAUAAAUUGUCAACAAGUACAAUAUUUGGGGUGUAUAUAUUUAAUAGUGAUAUAUUGAAAAUCUGUGCCUUUUAGUGCCCCCUUUGCCUCUUUUAAUGCUUCUAGCUUAAACUUCUCUUUUCCAAAUAUCAUAAUUGAUGCCCGUUGCUUUUCUUGAAUUUGCAUUUGCAUGACAGUUUAUUUAGCUCAUUUUAUUUUUGAAAUUUGUGUAUAUAUUUUGCUAUAUUCGUGUAUCUGUAACUUAUAAACACCAAAUUGUUGGA